AAUACUUUAUUUAAAGUGGAACUGAAAAGCAUUUUCAAUUCAAUUAUUUCAAGCCAGCCUAAAAUUCCUCUACAACAAUAAAGAUUUACUUUAUUUCAAGCCUGCCUGAAAUCCUUGUGUCCAGCAACCUAACUAUGGGCUGUGGAGCUUCUGCAGAGCCUGCAGUUCCACCCCCUGCGACAGAGACAGCGGGGCCAUCUCAGAAAUCUCAGCAGAAGGUAGCUGCAAAAGAUCCUUCCACUGGAAUCUUACCUAAAAGCCAGAAUUCCUCAAAAGCUGUAAUUGCGAGUAAAUCUAAUGCACCAAGCGAGCCUGGAGGUGAUGAGGUUAAUAACGACCAACCACCAACAAUAGCUGUAAUUGCCAGUGAAACCAGUGAUCCAGAGGGUGAUACAAACUAUCCCGAUCUCUCAGAACACAACAACCAUAUGGCGAAACAUCUAACCAAGGAAAUGUAUGACAAGCUUGCUCCACUCAAAACUGUCAAUGGUUUCACUCUGAACCGUGCGAUUCGAACUGGGGUAGAAAAUCCUGGUCACCCCUUCAUCAUGACUGUUGGAAUGGUAGCUGGAGAUGAGGAGUCAUACCAAGUUUUUGCCGAUCUUUUUGAUCUUGUCAUUGAGGCUCGCCACAACGGAUACAAGAAAAGCGAUAGCCACAAGACUGAUCUCGAUGCUACCCACCUCAUUGGCGGAGAUGAUCUUGACCCAAAGUAUGUGCUCUCUUCAAGAGUUCGUACUGGCAGAAGCAUUUGCGGUUUGUGUCUACCUCCUUUCUGUUCUAAAGACGAGAGACGUGAAGUUGAGAAGAUUGUUACAUCUGCAUUGGGUUCUUUUGGAGGAGAUUUUGCUGGCAAGUAUUAUGCACUCUCUGAUAUGGCAGAAGAAGUACAACAACAGCUCAUUGACGACCACUUCCUCUUUGACAAGCCUGUCUCCCCUCUCCUACUAGCUUCUCGCAUGGAUCGCGACUGGCCAGAUGCUCGAGGGAUAUGGCACAAUCAGCAGAAGAACUUCUUGAUCUGGGUGAACGAAGAGGACCAUACACGCGUCAUCUCCAUGCAAGAGGGUGGUAACAUGAAGGAGGUGUUCACUCGAUUCUGUGAAGGACUGCAAAAGUUUGAAGCUGCCGUUAAGUCCGAUGGCCACGAGUUUAUGUGGAAUUCUCACCUAGGCUAUAUUCUAACAUGCCCAUCUAAUCUCGGUACUGGUUUGAGAGCUGGCGUACACCUCAAGGUCCCACUGCUCAGCAAGCACGAGCAAUUUGAGAGCAUUCUGAACAGCCUGCGAUUGCAGAAACGUGGCACUGGUGGAGUCGAUACUGCUGCAGGAGAAGACGGUGUGUUCGAUAUCUCCAACACGGAUCGAUUGGGCUCCUCAGAAGUUGAUCAAGUGCAGAAAGUGGUGGAUGGAGUGAAGCUGCUCAUUCAGAUGGAGAAAGCAUUGGAGGCUGGCGAGUCUAUUGAUAAACUCAUACCAAACUAACAAACAUUGCUUGCCUUACUGCCAGACAAUAUAUACAUAGCAGUUCAUGGGGUAUAAAUUAUUUAUUGUUAUCAUUUCAACCCAUAAUUGUUAUUGUCAAGGAA